CGAUUCCCGCAUCCGAUGGCGUCCCCCUCCACGCCGGCGCCAUCGCGGCCGCAGCGCUCCCCCGACGAGGUCGAGGACAUCAUCCUCCGCAAGAUCCUCCUCGUCUCCCUCACGCCCCCGUCCUCCCCCAACCCCGCCGUCGCCUACCUCGAGCUCACCGCCGCCGAGCUCCUCUCCGAGUCGCGCCCGCUCCUCGCGCUGCGCGACACCGCCGAGCGCGUCCUCAUCGACCGCCUCUCCCUCCCGGACCCGCCCGCCACCUCGCCUCCCCCCUUCGCCUUCCUCGCCGCCGCCUUCCGCCGCGCCGCCGACGAGGCGCGCAAGAUCUCCACAAUCCGCGACUCCGCCCUCCAGGCGCGCCUCAAGGCCUCCAUCGCCCACAUCCGCGGCCUCAUCCUCUCCUACGCGCGCAUCGUCGCCGGCAACCCGGACACCUUCCCCUCGCCCCCCAAUGCGCCCCACCCGGCCGCCGAGCUGCUCGUCUUUCUGCUCGCCGAGGCCGCCGACUCGCUCGACCCUACCCCGGCCCCCGGCGCCCCGCCGCCGCCGGGAUUUCUGGACGAGCUCCUCGGGAACGUCGACUACGAGGCCAUCGAGCCGGUCAUGGCCGAGCUCUACGAGCGCCUCAGGCAGAGAGUUGACAAGGUAUCCGCGCUCGGCGACUUCCAGCGCCCACUCCGUGUGCUCAGGCGGCUGGUGGGGAUCCCCAAUUGCGCCAAGGCUCUAGUGGAACACCCCAAGUGGAUUCCCAAGAAUCAGAUUAUGCUCAUUGGGGAAGGGAGAGUCAUGGAGCUCUCCAGCUUGCUCGGAGCCUUCUUCCACGUCAGCGCUAUCCCUGACCGUGAGUUUGCAAGCCAGCCUGAUGUUGGGCAACAGUGCUUCUCCGAGGCAUCAUCACGCCGGCCAGCUGACUUGAUGUCAUCUUUCGCAACUAUCAAGAGUGUUAUGAAUAACUUGCAGGAUGGACUAAGGGAUAUUCUUCUAGUGCUGCUUAAAAAUCUGGAUACUCGAGACAAGGUCCUUGAGUAUCUAGCAGAGGUGAUAAAUAAAAAUGUGGGAAGAUCUCGCAUGCAGGUGGACCCUUUAAAAUGUGCUAGUUCGGGUAUGUUUGUCAAUCUUAGUGCUGUGAUGCUCCGUCUAUGUGAGCCUUUUUUGGAUCAAAUGGAGUCUAAGAAGGACAAGAUUGAUGUCAAGUACCUGUUCUGCAACGACAGAAUCAAUUUCAAAGAUUUGACCGCAAUAAAUGCCUCUUCAGAAGAAGUGUCAUCAUGGAUAGAGAGCUGGAGCCAUGCACAUGCUCAAGAUGAUUCCAGUGGAGUGGCUCGCUCUGUGGAAUCACAGGAAUCCACAAGCUCAGGCAAAAGUAGCUCAGUUUCUCUUCCUUCUAAAGGAGGGCCACCAGCGAGGGGCUCAAAAAAAGAGAAUUUCUCGUUUAUUUGCGAAUGUUUCUUCAUGACGGCAAGGGUACUUAAUAUGGGGUUGAUGAAAGCUGUAGCAGACUUCAAACACCUCUCUCAGGAUCUCGCAAGAUAUGAAGAUGAUUUGGAAUCAAAUAAAGUAUUGAGAGAACAAUCAGACAGUUCACCACAGCUUGAGCAAGAUAUAAAACGCUUGGAGAAGAUAGUCGCGGUUUUAUCACAAGAGAAGUACUGCUAUGAAGCUCAGAUAAUAAGAGACGGUGCAUUUCUUCAGCGUGCACUAUCUUUCUACAGAUUAAUGGUAUUGUGGUCAGUAGAUCUUGUUGGCGGAUUUAAGAUGCCUUUGCCAUCACAAUGCCCUAAGGAGUUUUCUUGCAUUCCGGAGCAUUUUCUUGAUGAUGCAAUGGAUUUACUUGCUCUAACCUCUAGAGUUCCUAAAGCUUUGGAAGGCUUCCCAUUGGAUGACUUUCUCAAUUUCAACAUCAUGUUCAUGUCGAGUUCUUCUUACAUUAAAAAUCCUUAUCUAAAAGCAAAGAUGGUUGAAGUUUUGAACUGCUGGAUGCCACAAAGAAGCGGCUUGAAAUCCACAGCCUCGUUAUUUGAGGGGCACCAACUAUGUCUUGAUUACCUAGUAAAAAACCUUCUAAAGCUUUAUGUGGACAUUGAAUUUACUGGCUCCCAUACACAAUUCUUUGACAAAUUUAAUAUUCGACACAAUAUUGCUGAGCUUCUUGAGUAUUUAUGGGAUGUUCCCAGUCAUCGAAAUGCUUGGAGACAAAUAGCUAAAGAAGAGGAGAAGGGCGUGUACUUGAAUUUUCUGAACUUCCUUAUCAACGAUAGCAUUUAUCUUCUCGAUGAGAGUUUGAACAAAAUUCUUGAACUCAAGGAAAUAGAGGCUGAAAUGGCUAACACUGUUGCGUGGAAUAGCAGACCCGCUCAAGAAAGAGAGGAGCGUUUGCGUGUAUUUCAUCAGUCAGAGAAUAUUGUUCGUUUUGAUAUGAAGCUGGCAAAUGAGGAUGUUGGGAUGCUUGCCUUCACAUCAGAGCAAAUUCCAGCGCCGUUGCUUCUUCCAGAAAUGGUGGAAAGGGUGGCAAGCAUGUUAAAUUACUUCCUCUUGCAACUUGCUGGUCCACAGAGGAAAUCGUUGACCGUAAAGGAUCCCGAGAAGUAUGAGUUCAAACCGAAGCAGCUAUUGAAACAGAUUGUUACCAUCUAUGUCCACAUCGCAAGGGGUGAUAAGGAAGCUAUCUUCCCUGCUGCAAUCUCGAAAGAUGGACGAUCAUACAAUGAGCAGUUGUUUGCUAGUGCAGGUAAUAUUUUGUGGAAGAUCGGGGUAGAUCCCCAAAUCAUACAGGAGUUUACGCAACUCGCCGGUAAGGCAAAAGCUGCUGCCUCUGAGGCCUUGGAUGCUGAAGCUAUCCUUGGGGAUAUACCAGAUGAAUUUCUGGAUCCAAUUCAGUAUACUCUCAUGGAAGACCCUGUGAUACUACCAUCGUCGCGGGUCACAAUCGAUCGUCCAGUUAUUGUCCGGCAUUUGCUCAGUGACAGUACCGAUCCGUUCAACCGGUCCCAUCUCACACAAGACAUGCUGUUACCAGACACAGAUCUCAAGUUGCGCAUCCAAGAGUUUGUCAGGUCUCAGCAGUCCAGGAAACGGCCAGCUGCCGACUCCGAGAUGGGGGAGCCUGAUGGUGCUGCUGAUAUGGUCGAAUGAACUGCGAGGAGCUGGGAUAGACAUUUUUUUGCGAAACAUGUACUAUGCUAUUCAUCAGGCAUCAAGUCGAUUAUGUUGGUUCUCCCUACUUCUGCCCCUGCCUCAGUUCUUUGUAAAUGUUGUAAAACUGAUCUCUGCCAAUCUAAGUUUAGAAUACAGAUGUAAUGACAUGGCAAGAAAAAGAACAUGUACUGUGUCGGUGCAUUGGUCAUUCGGUUA